AUGCCAAACUGGGGAGGAGGCAAGAAAUGCGGAGUGUGCCAGAAAACGGUUUACUUUGCUGAAGAGGUUCAGUGCGAAGGCAAUAGCUUCCAUAAAUCCUGCUUCCUGUGCAUGGUCUGCAAGAAGAAUCUGGAUAGCACCACUGUGGCUGUGCAUGGUGAGGAGAUUUACUGCAAGUCCUGCUAUGGCAAGAAAUAUGGGCCAAAAGGCUACGGCUACGGGCAGGGUGCUGGCACACUGAGCACCGACAAGGGAGAGUCUCUGGGCAUCAAGCAUGAGGAGGCUCCUGGUCACAGGCCCACCACCAACCCCAAUGCGUCUAAGUUUGCUCAGAAAAUUGGCGGCUCUGAGCGCUGCCCUCGCUGUGGCCAAGCUGUCUAUGCUGCGGAGAAGGUGAUUGGUGCUGGGAAGUCCUGGCACAAGUCCUGUUUCCGAUGUGCCAAGUGUGGCAAAGGCCUUGAGUCCACCACCCUGGCGGACAAGGAUGGCGAGAUUUACUGCAAAGGAUGCUAUGCUAAAAACUUCGGACCCAAGGGCUUUGGCUUUGGACAAGGAGCUGGGGCCUUGGUCCAUUCUGAGUGA